AACCAAUUAUUUACAGUUGGUACCUACCUUUUGCAAUACGAUUCAUUUUUUAAUCGGCAUCAACAUGGACUUAAAGGGGUUUCUUUUGAGUAUUACUCUCCUAAUUCUCGCAUUCCACGAUCAUGCAGAAGCAAGCAUCGGUCGUAAUAAAGAUGACAAUUAUCUUAGAAAUAAUAUUGCAGAACAUUCUAGGCGGUUUAUGAUUCCAACUGAAGAAGAGAAUGGAAACGAAACAAAAAAUAAAAGUCGCCACGAGGUUCUGAAUAAUAAAGAAUACAAUGAGAUCGUAAAUAAAAUACGUUUGGAAAAUCUGGAGCAAUCGUUAAACAAAGAGAUUUAUGUAAUUAGUUUGUACAUAAACAAAAUUUUAAACGUUCCAAAACAAUGUUUUGAUGAACUUCAUGCCGAUGAGCCCAUCCCACCUUGGAUCAAGCCUAAGAGCUAUUUUGGCCCAUUGGCGAGGGGGAAACACGAAUCGGAUAGCGCGAAAGUCGAUGUUGUCACCAAAAUAGCGAGCUUGGUAAAUCUCGAGCAAUCGCUCAGCACCGAAAUGUACAAAGGUAACUGGAUCAUAAAUAAAAUUAUGGGCAUGGCUCGGCACUGCUAUGGAGCAGAGGAACGUCCGAUUGAAAUGAAAAAAGAGGAGGCAAUAAUAAAUAAAAUAUACAACGAGAUAACUAAUAAAACGGCCCGCCUGGAGAUACUGCAGCUAGCGCUCGGUAGCGGGAUACACAAAGUUAAAGAUAUUAUAAACAAUACAGUAGACAUUAUAGAGCACUGUUUAGCUUUAGAAAAAACACGUUCAAAAAAUCUCAGGCGCCUCGCGAUUGGUGGAGUAAAUGAGAAACAUGACGAUGAGUUGAUAAAUUAUAACAUAUACGACGAAAUUGUAAAUAAAACGGCACGCCUGGAGAUUCUACGGAAAUUGCUCAGAAGCAAGAUGAAUAAAGUUAAUAGUAUGAUAAACAAAACUGUCGACAUUGCUGAGUACUGUUUUGGAUUAGAAGCACAUCGUCCAGAGGGAAUACGCAACGCCAUACGCAAAAAACCCAUACGUUAUAAAAGAGACGUCAGUGUCGUCGGUAAAGAUCCCGUUGUUUCAAAGAACGAAACUAAAACGGACGCAAACUCGACGGACGGAAGAAGGUCACUGUUUCGCAUUAACAGAGAGAGAAGCGAAAUCCAACAGAAACUGCUGAAUUAUAUUUUCGAUACUUACAAUGACAUCGCCAUAAAGAUGCAAGCGCUCAACGUGACGAAGGAGCAGUUCGCUAACGACGAAAGGUACGCCAUUGGAUAUAUUAUGGCCAAUAUCGAUACUCUGAAGGUAAACCUGGCCAACGUCAGGAAUGAAGUCGUCAAAAACAAAGAUCUGUGGAGCGAUAUGCAGAUUUUGGACGUCUACGAUACUGUGAUCAAAUCUAAUAAGGCAUUGUCGAAUCUGCAUCGCGUUUUAAACGGGCUUAUACAAAAGGGCUCAAAGAGAGGUAUAAGUGUUUAGACAUUGAGAAUUUAGACCCAACUCCCAAGUUAGAAAU